UGUUAAUGAAACGAACUGUUCCACUGGAGGAUAUUGCACGCUGCAUGAUGUUAAGAGUGCGGUUUCAAUUGCUGCUACGGUCCCUCUCUUCCACAUUCAGAUGUGGCACUGUCACCCAAGAACCUCAUUGUAAUGAAAUAGGCGUUUCGCAGCAUACUUCGCGAAAUGCUGUGCUGUCGGAUUGACCGUGCUCCUCGAAGUCACUGUCAGUGGUCAGCAACCAUGGAGUCAUUGCAACAAGAAGCAGCCCAUAAAAAGAAACCAACCCCCCAAAAACGAGCAUCUACUCACACAAAGGAGAGUCAGAACACAAGAAAAAAUAAGCCCAUCCCCGUCGAUUCCAAAGCGCAGAAUCUAUGCCCUGCCGUCGACAAGAAAGAGAGCACCCAGCCCCAGACUAAUAGUGGUUUGCAGAGUGCCAAAGCCGAUCUUAAAGUAACACCCUCUGAACAAGGCAAGUUACAUCCCGAACCACAGGUCGAGGUCUCCGCAAAAAAGAAAAAGAACAAGAAGAAAAAGAAGAAAAAACCGAAGAACCCGCCAACAGACCCUCAACCAGAAUCCCAGGCGUCUGCUCCGAGCACGAGCGUUGCCGAGGCGGGUUGCUGCAGUCUGAAGAACCUAAAGGACGUCUCGUGCCUGGAACUAAUCUGCCCACACUCCAACAAGCACACUUCGCAGGCAUUCUCGUCGGCUCAGAAAAGUGCCACCGCCACUUCCUCUGCAAAGUGUUCCUCCAGCAGCCUCGGCAACAGUCAGCUGCACUUCGAGACGCUCUCGGAUGCAAUCGUCAAAAGCCUCGCAUCGUUGGAUAAGACCUCAAUCAGCAUCACGCUCGUAAACCCCGAAAACGGGCAAGUGGUGGGCGAGAAGGUCGUGCACGGCCUGAGGGAGCAGACCCCGCUGUCAUCGAGGGACUCCGAGCUCGUCAUCGACAUAUGCGGAACGAGCGUUGUCGAGCUUGACGAUCGGGUUUCUUUUGGCGGCGGAAGUGGUGCUACGCAGGGCACAAGCAUGAAGGCUUCUGUGGAGAAUGCGUCGAAGAAGUCUUCCAAGAAAAAUAAGGACUGCAACGGGCCCCAGGCCGUGGCCGGAAGUGCAACAGAUGGGAGGAAGCAGCAGCAGACAAAGCCGACCGGCGAGUCUCAGAAGUUGGCAAUGAAUCGGGUGGAAGUGUCGGAAGUAUUGUCGAAGGGAGACGCGGCCUCGGCGAUGCAAGCGGAGCCGACGGUAAAGUCGGCAGCAAAGGAGCAAGAGACUGGGAAUGAUGCGAACAGCGCUGUCGAAAAAACAAAGGCACAAUUGAAGGCUGAACGGAGGGCAGCUUUUGAAGCCCAAAAAGCUGCUCAGUUGGUUGCUCAGAAGAAUGAAGAGAAAGAGGCUGGCGGCAAAAGCAAGGCAGACCUUAGGGCAGAGCGCAGGGCUCUUCAGGAAGCACAGAGGGCCGCAAAGAUGCAGACCGCCGUGAAACCAGGCAAGGAGCCUGGUUCAGAAGAUUCUGCUGUUGGGACACCGGCACCUCCAAAGAAAGCUGUCACCGGACAAGCUUCCUCAGAUGCAAAUGUGGAGGGGAAGGCAUCCAGGCAGGACCAGCCACAGGAUGCAGCCAAGAAAGUACCGAAAAAGAGCACUGGGGAGGCCAGAAAGCAGAAGGAGCUUCAUUUACUCUCGCACCUUGAGCAGAAUCCUGGGACGGUUGACCAUUUAAGGUCCUAUGGACUUUCAGGUUCUCAAAUUCAUCCGGCUGUCCUGAGGAUUGGUCUGCAAAUGGCAGAGGGAGUCGUCACAGGAUCAAACAGGCGCUGCACCAAAAUGCUUUGCGCCUUUCGCUCGGUGAUCCGAGACUACACCUGCCACGCCAACAAGAGGAUUUCACAAGACAUUAGAGAGCAACUGGACUGUGAUAUCAAGUUUCUCAAGAAAUGCAGACCUUUAAGUGUGAGCAUGCAAAACGCAAUCACUUUCCUCAAGGGGCAAAUCUCGGAAAUACAAGACACCGAGGCCGCCGAGAAGGUCAAGGAGAAGCUCGUUGAGUCAAUUGAUAAAUUUAUCUAUGAAGAGCUGUGCCUUGCAAAAAAGCAAAUUACAUAUGAGGCACAGAAAAAAAUUCUUCAUGGUGACGUGAUCCUCACAUACUCAAGCUCUUCCUUGGUUAAAAGUGUGCUCAAAACUGCCCAUGAGUCAGGAACAAAUUUCCGCGUGGUCAUUGCCGACAGUCGGCCAAAGCUUGAAGGCCGUGAAAUGUGUGAUUACCUCUCUGGACUAGGAAUCAACUGCACAUACAUCUUGAUUAAUGCUGUGUCUUACAUCAUGAGGGAGGUUACAAAGGUGAUGCUUGGCGCCCACUCACUGCUGGCCAACGGCUACGUCAUGUCCCGGAUUGGCACCUCUCAGAUAGCCCUUGUGGCGAAGGCCAAAAACGUGCCCGUGUUGGUCUGCUGCGAGACCUACAAGUUUUCCGAAAGAGUCCAUACAGACUCCUUCGUGUCAAACGAACUUGGAGCAACAGCUGAACUUCUUACAAGUCUGCCUCCGGACAUCAAGGUGGACGACCUGAAGGACUCGCCUUCCCUGACGCUACUAAACUUGAUGUACGAUGUCACACCGCCACAGUUCGUGGACAUGGUCAUAACGGAAAAGGGCAUUCUUCCCUGCACUUCGGUUCCCGUGGUAUUACGGAUGCGAAACGCCGCGGGGCAAUAGGGUCGGCUAGGUUACUUAUACGCUUCGACCGACGUAAAACUUUGGUCCCAGUCAUCUUUGCGUUUGACCUUGGACUGCGGGGCCCAUCCUUUCUGGUUGGAGGUACAAAUUGGCACUCUGGAACAAACUCGCAGAGUUUCAUUGAGUCGUUGUCGAAAGAAAUCCCGAAAGUAUUUCAUUUUUAUAUAUGCAUCUGCGCGUGUGUCUUUCCCUAAUAAGAUUCAUACGCUAAUAUAACUAGGUUUAAUAUGAGUGUCUCCAGUAUAAGUCGAAAGCUUUGAAAGGCUGUACAGGAUGAGAAUGGGAUGUGCUGUGGCAGUGUAACGCAUGCCUUGGGGAUGCGCGGUUCACAAAUGGGUUAUUUUGUAUUUAACAGCGAAACUUUCGUGACAAUGCUUCCUUGGUUGGGUAUGUUUCGUUUCUAUGUGCACCUUUGUUUACAAAAUAAACGUCUCAAUGUUCUGGCCAUUUUGUUUCACGUAAGUGCAGCGUGAAAUUGUGAAGAAUUUGACCAAAAUAAAAUGUGGCAAUUCUGGAA